AUGAUGUUUAAAAGAAAGUAUUUAUUUUUUCCUUGUUUUUUCUUGAUAAUUGUAAAUAUUUUACACAAAUUUGACAAUUUAGGUACAGAUGAAUCCCUUUUAUAUUUUCACAUUCGAAUUUUAAGCAUGAAUAAAAAUGAUACACAAGAGUUAUAUAAUAAUAAAGUGAAGAUUUCUAAUAAUGAAAUUUUAUUGGGCUUACAACAUGAGCAUAAUAUAGAAGACGACAGAAUUAUAAAAUUUGUAUCGAAUGAUGCAAAUAGUAAACAUGGUCGGAGAAUAAAAAAUGUAACAUUUAAAUUACCGAACAAUAUAGUAGACAGAAUGCAAAACAUACGUAAAAUAAACUUUAAUGAAAUGAAGCAAAACAAUGAUGCAAAUCUUGAAAUAAAUAAACCCAGUACAACACAUGAAACAUAUUCAGCUUUAGAGUCAUCAACACAUAAUAAAAAAACGAGUAAUGUAAAGAGUAAAGUAAAUAAUUUUGUUAAGCUAAUGAAAGAUAUUAAUGAUAAUAUGGAAAGCGAAAAGGAAAAAGAAAGUCAUAAUCCAAAUAAAGAAAAUGUUUACAAUGAUGAGCAUCAUACUGUUGUAAUAUAUGAUGGUUUAGAUGAAAACAAAGAUUUGUAUAAUAAAUAUAAAAUUGAAAGAGAAAAUAAUAUGGAUACAAGAGUAAUACAAGGAACAGAAUAUUUAGGAGUUGGAUAUGAUUUUUUAUUUGGAAAUCCGAUAGGAGACCCAUUUCUUAAAGUAGAUCCUGGUUAUAGAGAUUCUGUAAUAAAAUUAACAUAUCCUAAAUCUGAUGGGGAUUAUCCAGAUAAUUAUAUAAAUAUAAACCCAAAUGGAUCGUAUGUGAGAAAUGAGAUAUCUUGUAAUAGAUCAGAGAAUGAAACUGAAAUAAGUACAAUGAGCGAAUAUAGUAAGGAGCUUUCUGUUGAUGCUUCAUUAGGAGCAUCUUAUGGGUUAUUUGGUUCAUUUUCAGCAUCUGUUGGUUAUACAAGUGCAUCUAAUACCAUAUCUAAAAAAAAGUUUAGAAUGUUUAUAUUAAAAAGUUACUGUUUUAAAUAUGUGGCAUCUCUUUCUCAAUAUUCUCAAUGGAAAUUAAGUGAUCAAUUUUUGAGAGCAAUAGAUUUACUCCCAUCAUAUUUUAAUUCAUUAGAGCAUGAUGGAAAAUAUUGUAAUGCUGAAGAGUUAAGAGAUAAUAAAACAGGAAUGGAAAAUUGUGGAAAAAGUGUUGAAUCGUGGUUGUUUUUUUUUAAAAAUUUUGGAACCCAUGUAUCAACUCUUAUACAUUUAGGUGGAAAAAUAACACAGCAAGUUAAAAUAUCAAAAAAUGAAUAUAAAUCCUUAAGUGAAAGUGGAUUAUCCACUUCUGUGUCUGCAUCUGUUGGAUUCGGUUUAUUUAAAGCAAAAGCAUCAACAAGUACAGAUUCAAAAGAAUCAAGUCACGAAGAAUCAUCAAAUUCGAGUAUAGAAAAAGAAACAGUUAUAAUCGGAGGGACAACAAUAUAUGAUCCUAAUGAUCCAUCAAAUUUUGAAAAAUGGGCAGAUAGCAUAAAAAAUAAUCCAAUGCCAAUAAAAGGACAAUACGAGCCUUUAUCUCGGAUUUUACCAGAGCGAUUAAACAAAAUAUAUGAUGAAGCAUUAAGUUUUUAUGUAUCAUUAAAUGUUCCUAUAAAUAUAGGUUCAAAAACAGAUGGAGAAAUAAAAAAUUAUAAUAUAAAAGAUCAAUUAAUGAAAUCUAAAAUGAUAUAUGGUAGUGGUAGCGGAUUAGUUGUGUUAGAAUGUGAAGAUAAGCAAAAUUUUAUAUUAGGAUUUUCAUUAUCUAUUCCUAAUGAUUUAUCAAACUUAAAAGAUUUUUAUAUGAAUACAUGUGAUGAAGAAUCCGAUAAAUGUUAUUCAAAAAUGAGUGAUAAUGCAUAUAGUUAUAUAUUUGCUAUGUGUAAUGAUGAUCGUAUACCAUAUCUUGAACAAAAAGCAAAAUCUGGAACAGGUUUAUUAACCCUUGAAUGUUCAGAAAAAAAUCAAAUUAUAUUAUUUGGAUUUGGAAUUAGUGUAUUAAAUUCAAAUGAUCCGAUAUCAAUAGCUAUAUAUCCAUGUAAAAAUGGAAAAACAUCAUGUUCUAUGCAAGGGUCAACAGAUCAGUCUGCUGUUGGUUUGUGGAUAGUUUGUGGGCAUGAAGAAUCUCUAAAUUCAAACUUUUCAGUUUAUGUUAGAAAAUUAGAGAAAGAUAAUGUAUCAGGAAAAAAGAAAAAAAAAAUUGAUAUAUGCCCUACCGCGGUGUUGUUUAAUUUAAUCUUUGAAUUUACUAGAACACCAACUAAUAAACGAAAUGGUAAAUGUUUUACUGUUAACGAUAUAUGCCCAAAAGAUUUCCAUGUCUGUUCAGACAAGAAAGGAAUAAAAUCGUUUAAUUAUUAUUCUGUGUCGGUUUAUUAG